AAUAAUGUUUAACGAGACACUUAAUUAUAAACAGUUCAACUUUAACACGUUGUUAGAUUACGCAUAUACACCGAUAAUCUGACUGUGUAAAUUCAAAAAUCAAUGUUUAUUUAAGUUCGAUUAUCAAAUUACACAGCCACUAAUCCCAGUUAAUAACAAGAUCUGAUAAAUCGACCCAGACUAGUCAAUUUGAAAAAACAAUACAGUUCACCAAAAUGCCUUCAAACAAUACCAAAGUAGUUAAAUCACCAACAGAAAAUAGGUUGAUAUCGCCUGCAGAAACCCCGAGAGAAGAAAUGGUGGAAGAAAAAGUGAAGAUGAAGAAGCAGUUGGGGCUUCUGGAAGGGGUGGCGAUCAUUUUGGGAAUAAUUUUUGGAUCAGGAAUAUUCAUCUCGCCGAAGGGCAUAAUACAAGAAGUAAAUUCAGUUGGGUUUUCCUUAGUUGUAUGGAUUUUGUGUGGCUUUUUAUCAAUGAUUGGAGCCCUUUGUUAUGCUGAAUUAGGUACAGCAAUACCAAAAUCCGGCGGGGACUAUGCUUACAUUUAUGAAGCAUAUGGUCCUCUACCGUCAUUUUUGUAUUUAUGGGCGGCAAAUUUAAUUUUUGUCCCUACAACGAACGCCAUAAUGGGGCUAACGUUCGCUAAAUACGUUAUCCAGCCCUUUUUCCACCAGUGUAAUUUACCAGAAGAUGGUGCCACUUUUAUGGCGGCUGCUACCAUUUGUUUUUUGACGUUUCUAAAUGGUUAUAACGUGAAAACUACCACUAAGAUACAAAACGUGUUUAUGUUUUGCAAAAUUGGAGCUUUGGUUCUUGUUAUAAUAAUUGGUGUUGUGUGGAUGGGGCUUGGGAAUGUACAAAAUUUCCAGAACGCGUUUGAAGGAACAAGUACUAAUCCUGGAAAAAUAGCAAAGGCGUUUUAUUCUGGAAUUUUUUCAUAUUCUGGAUGGAAUUACUUAAAUUUUAUGACUGAGGAGUUAAAGAAUCCCUAUGUGAAUCUUCCAAGAGCUAUUUACAUUUCUCUGCCUUUGGUCACAAUGAUUUAUGUUUUAGCCAAUAUGGCAUAUUUGUCAGUUCUAACACCAGAUGCUAUGGUAUCAUCAGAUGCUAUUGCUGUGACGUUUGGCAAUAACGUUCUAGGAAAAGCCGCCUGGAUAAUCCCUGUUAUGGUGGCUAUUUCAGCAUUUGGCGGUCUAAGUGUUCACAUAAUGACAUCGUCUCGAAUGUUAUAUGUAGGUGCCAGAAAUGGCCAUUUUCCAACAUUUCUGUCCCACUUGAACAUCAAAAAAUUCACCCCAAUGCCUUCCUUAGUGUUUUUGAAUAUACUUUCACUUUUUAUGCUUUGCACUAACGACAUUCACACACUUAUAACCUACUGCACUGUCGUGGAAUCCUUUUUCGUCAUGUUAUCAGUGUCAGGUUUAUUGUAUUUACGGUGGAAAAAGCCUGACAUCCCAAGACCAAUUAGAGUGAACUUAAUAGUUCCUAUUGCUUUUGUAUUGAUCUGUAUCUUUCUUAUUAUUUUACCAUGUUUCGAAGCCCCCAUUGAAGUGGGAAUGGGGGCACUUAUAACGUUAUCAGGAGUGCCUGUUUACUACUUUGGAGUAGUGUGGCAAGAUAAACCUAUGUUGUACCAAAGUUUUAUGGAUAAGGUGACUGAAAUAAGCCAGAAAAUUUUUGUUGCUGCCCAUGAAGAUGAAGACUUGGAAGAAUAAUUUACACAUAUUGUGUUUAAAAAGUAUUAUUUUUUAUUUAUUUUUAUUUAUUCACAGCUUUGUUUACCAACCAUGUUUGCAUGCAACCAAUUGUUUGUUUUGAUAAAUGUGUAGCACUGAAGUUGGAUCUCUGUUGGUAUUUAGGAAACUGUGAUUUUUUUACAUAAAAACCAGUUGUACACUUUGUACAGACUAAUUUAUAAUAAAUUGUUUUGUGACAAUUUGUAUUCUCUACACACAAAUUACUGAGGAAUGUAUUUACAGAUUAUAUUUUUGUCUAAAUCUACAUGCCAGUAAUACACGGUGAACAAUUUACAUGAGUUCAUCUGGGUUAAACAUUCCCUAAAAAUUCCACAGUUGCAUUAUUAUUGACAAAUUGCACCCACCUACCUUUGCACGCCUCAGAAUUGAGUCUUUGCUAGCAUCAUACGGAUGAUCCUUGGACGGAAUUUCCAAAACAGCAGGAAUUGGCGACGUGUGUCCAUCAAUAACGUGCCUGAUCAUCUCUGCAAUAUUCUGAUUGAUCAAAAUUAUAUCAAUGUCAUCUCUUUUCAUGAAUCUCUUAAAACACUCCUCAACUUCACUGACGGCAGUACCUACAAUACAAUCAUUACCGUCCGUACUGUGCAAUCGUACGGAAAAUACUUUUAUCGACCACCAGAAAAUUAGGGUGACGAUUUUUGUUAAUUUCACCAACUCCGCCCAAUAAGAAUCCAACACAAGUGUCCUUAAAUGAACAACAAUGUAUGAAAGCGUGCACAAUAAUGCGCUUACCUCGUCCCCGAUGACGGAAAUUAAUUUGCCUUUGAUAGCAGCGUGUAGGGCCAUUUUUUCGAAAAUCUGCUUCAGUUAUUUGGGAAGAAAUUUAGAGGCUAUCACCUGACUUGAAAAGCACCUGACACAAAUUACAAUGACAGUUGACAAGUGACAGCCAGUGGUGCCUCUCUAGUUUGUUUAAGAAAAAAUAGCUGUCAAUUUGACGUUUAAUUGUUUAAAUUCAAUCUACAAAAUUUGAAAUUAUUUUGGCACGAUGUCUAGUACAAAACUGGCGAAAAUUAAAGAUGCCAAAGAGACGUUUCAAGCUCUUAUGGAAUUGUCUCGAUUGCUGUGUACUGGACUAGAUGCUGAAACGUUAUCCAUUUGUGUACGGUUGUGUGAAGCUGGUAUUAAUCCCGAGGUUCUCGCCACAAUAGUGAGCGAAUUACAGAAAGAAGUUGCUAACGCCAACGAGACUAGGUUAAGCAAGUGAUAGCUUUUUAUUUAAAAAUGUAACAAAAUAUAAAAAUAUUACGUUAUAA